UGAGCUUGAAUGGGGCGCGUAGAGCGAACCACUCUGUGUGAGCCACGGGGGAGGGGGGAAAUCGGGAAAGGAUCAAGAUUACCGGCCUUUGACCACUCUCCUGGGAAUGGUGAACAGCCCUCGACCGGGAAGCAAGACUUCUCGGUCCUGUUUGCCCAGAGUUCCCCUCUGUGGACACGAGAAAGCCCCGCCCUGUCGAGCCUCAGUCUUUGCAUCUGCAAAAUGGGCGCAAGGAUGCAGAUGUGUGGGCUGUGGUCGCCAGGCCCGGGAAGUGGCCCACCUGUUCCAGUCCCUUCCACCUCUUGCCGCAGAGUGAGGGCCACAGACCCUGCGCCCUUGUACCAGACGACCCUCAGAGCCGAUGGAGGAGAACGAGGUGGAGAGCAGUAGCGACGCGACCCCUGGGCCUGGCCGGCCCGAGGAGCCCUCCGAAAGUGGCCUGAGUGUGGGCACCUCGGAAGCCGUGUCGGCCGACAGCAGCGACGCCGCGGCCGCCCCGGGACCGAUAGAGGCCGACGACUCCGGCGUGGGGCAAAGCUCGGACCGCGGCGGCAGCUCUCUGGAGGAGGUGUCUGAGAGCAGUUCGAGCACGGACCCCCUGCCUCAUGGGUAUCUCCCAGAUUCAUCUUCUGUGUCCCGUGGUCCAGCGGCGGGGGUGACAGGUGACCCCCCAGCCCUGGUGCACUCCAGCGCACUCCCAGACCCCGCCAUGCUGGUGUCUGACUGCACAGCGUCUUCCUCGGACCUGGGCUCAGCCAUUGACAAGAUCAUCGAGUCCACCAUCGGGCCCGACCUCAUCCAGAGCUGCAUCACUGUGACCAGUGCUGAGAAUGGCGGAGCCGAGACCACACGCUUCCUGAUCCUGCAAGGCCCAGACGAUGGAGCCCCCGUGGCGUCGCCGAUGUCCAGCUCCACCCUGGCCCACAGCCUGGCGGCCAUCGAGGCCCUGGCCGACGGCCCCACAUCCACAUCCACGUGCCUGGAGCCGCCAGAGGAGGCACGGGAUGGGCCCAGCUCCCCGACGGAACAGCCACCUCCAGGCCCUGGUGCCGAGGAGCCAGACCUGCAGAGCCUGGAGGCCAUGAUGGAGGUGGUGGUGGUGCAGCAGUUCAAGUGCAAGAUGUGCCAGUACCGGAGCAGCACCAAGGCCACGCUGCUGCGCCAUAUGCGGGAGAGGCACUUCCGCCCAGCAGCAGUAACGGCAGCUGGUAAGAAGGGACGUCUGCGGAAGUGGGGUGCCUCAGCCAAGGCCCAGGAGGAGGAGGGGCCUGAGGAGGAGGAUGAUGACGACAUCGUAGAUGCUGGCGCCAUUGAUGACCUGGAGGAGGACAGUGACUACAAUCCGGCCGAGGAUGAGCCCCGGGCCCGGCAGCUGCGGCCCCAGCGCCCUGCUUCCAGUACGCCGAGACCCCGAAGGAGACCUGGCCGGCCCCGAAAGCUGCCUCGCCUGGAGACCUCAGACCUCCCGGAUGGCGUGGAAGGAGAGUCUCUGGUGAGUUCCCAGAGUGGACAGAGCCCCCCGGAGCCACAGGACCCCGAGGCUCCCAGUUCCUCUGGCCCAGGACACCGGGCAACCCUGGGCAAGCCUGGGAGGACCCCCAGGGAACCCGCUGUGAGCCAGUCGGACACAGAGAAUGCAGCCCCCUCCAGCCAGGACGAGCCCGACGCCCCACCCCGCCGCCGCGGCCGGCCCUCCCGACGCUUCCUUGGCAAGAAAUACCGCAAGUACUAUUACAAGUCACCCAAACCACUGUUGAGGCCCUUCUUGUGCCGCAUCUGUGGCUCCCGCUUCCUGUCCCACGAGGAUCUGCGCUUCCAUGUCAACUCCCAUGAGGCCGGCGACCCCCAGCUCUUCAAGUGCCUGCAGUGCAGCUACCGCUCCCGCCGCUGGUCCUCGCUCAAGGAGCACAUGUUCAACCACGUGGGCAGUAAGCCCUACAAGUGUGACGAGUGCAGCUACACGAGCGUCUACCGGAAGGACGUCAUCCGACACGCGGCCGUGCACAGCCGAGACCGGAAGAAGAGGCCAGAUCCGACCCCAAAGCUGAGCUCUUUCCCCUGCCCCGUGUGUGGCCGUGUCUACCCCAUGCAGAAGAGGCUCACUCAGCACAUGAAGACACACAGCACUGAGAAGCCCCACAUGUGUGACAAGUGUGGAAAGUCCUUUAAGAAGCGCUACACCUUCAAAAUGCAUCUGCUCACGCACAUCCAAGCUGUCGCCAACCGCAGGUUCAAGUGCGAGUUCUGUGAGUUUGUCUGCGAGGACAAGAAGGCACUGCUGAACCACCAGCUGUCCCAUGUCAGCGACAAGCCCUUCAAAUGCAGCUUCUGUCCCUACCGCACCUUCCGAGAGGACUUCCUGCUGUCCCACGUGGCCGUCAAGCACACAGGGGCGAAGCCCUUCGCCUGUGAGUACUGCCACUUCAGCACGCGGCACAAGAAGAACCUGCGCCUGCACGUGCGGUGCCGCCAUGCGAGCAGCUUCGAGGAGUGGGGGCGGCGCCACCCCGAGGAGCCCCCGUCCCGCCGCCGCCCCUUUUUCUCUCUGCAGCAGAUUGAGGAGCUGAAGCAGCAGCACAGCUCAGCCCCUGGGCCAUCCCCCAGCCCCUCAGGACCUCCUGAGGUCCCCCCAGAGGCAACGCCUUUCCAGUCACCAGAGACCCCCCCGCUGCUCUGUUCUGAUACCCUGGGCGGCGCCACCAUCAUCUACCAGCAGGGAGCUGAGGAAUCGACUGCGAUGGCCACCCAGACAGCCUUGGAUCUGCUGCUGAACAUGAGUGCCCAGCGGGAGCUGGGGGGCCCACCCCUGCAGGUGGCUGUGGUGAAGUCUGAAGAUGCGGAAGCAGAGUUAGCAUCCUCUGGUGGGCAGCCGUCCCCAGCAGGGGCUGCUCCACAGGUGGUAACCCUCCAUGUGGCAGAGCCAGGGGGCAGCGUGGCAGCCGAGAGCCAGCUAGGCCCCCCUGACCUACAGCAGAUCACCCUGGCGCCCGGGCCAUUUGGCGGGGCUGGCUACAGUGUCAUCACGGCACCCCCCAUGGAAGAGGGGACGUCAGCUCCUGGCACACCUUACAGCGAGGAGCCCCCCGGGGAGGCUGCCCAGGCCGUGGUGGUGAGUGAGGCCCUGAAAGAAGCCAGCACCCACUACAUCAUGGCAGCCGACGGCACCCAGCUGCAUCACAUCGAGCUGACCGCCGAUGGCUCCAUCUCCUUCCCAAGUCCCGAAGCCCUGGCCUCUGGCACCAAGUGGCCCCUGCUGCAGUGUGGGGGGCUGUCCAGAGACGGCCCUGAGCCCCCAUCUCCGGCCAGGACCCACCAAAGUGGUGAUCUCCAGGCCUCCGCCUCCCCGUCUCCGGCAGCCAGCAAAGCCCUGGGCCUGGUAGUGCCCCCCUCCCCACCGUCUGCAGCUGCUGCAGCAUCAAAGAAGUUUUCCUGCAAGAUCUGUGCUGAGGCCUUUCCUGGCCGAGCUGAGAUGGAGAGUCACAAACGGGCCCAUGCUGGGCCUAGCGCCUUCAAGUGCCCUGACUGCCCCUUCAGUGCCCGCCAGUGGCCCGAGGUCCGGGCCCACAUGGCACAGCACUCGAGCCUGCGGCCCCACCAGUGCAGCCAGUGCAGCUUCGCCUCCAAGAACAAGAAGGACCUGCGGCGGCACAUGCUGACCCACACCAACGAGAAGCCUUUCGAGUGCCACCUCUGCGGGCAGCGCUUCAACCGGAACGGGCACCUCAAGUUCCACAUCCAGCGGCUUCACAGUCCUGAUGGGAGGAAGUCAGGGGCUCCUCCAGCCCGGGCCGCAGCCCGGACCCCUACCCAGACCAUCAUCCUAAACAGCGAUGAGACGCUGGCCACACUGCACACGGCACUCCAAUCCAGUCACGGGGUCCUGGGCCCAGAACGACUGCAGCAGGCACUGGGCCAGGACCACAUUAUCGUGGCUCAGGAGCAGACAGUGACCAACCAGGAGGAAGCCACCUAUAUCCAGGAGAUCACUACGGCAGAUGGCCAGACGGUACAGCACCUGGUGACCUCUGACAACCAGGUACAGUACAUCAUCUCCCAGGAUGGAGUCCAGCACCUGCUCCCCCAGGAGUAUGUUGUGGUCCCCGAGGGACAUCACAUCCAGGUACAGGAGGGCCAGAUCACACAUAUCCAGUACGAACAAGGGACCCCAUUCCUUCAGGAGUCCCAGAUCCAGUAUGUGCCCGUGUCCCCGGGCCAGCAGGUUGUCACACAGGCGCAGCUUGAAGCUGCAGCACACUCGGCUGUCACAGCGGUGGCUGAUGCUGCCAUGGCCCAAGCCCAGGGCCUGUUCACCUCGGAGGAGGCAGUACCGGAGCACAUUCAGCAACUGCAGCACCAGGGCAUCGAGUACGACGUCAUCACCCUGACUGAUGACUGAGCCCCAGGGCCCGAAGCAGAACAUGGAUAUUGGGGCCAAUCAUGCUGGGGGUGGGGGGGCCAGGACUCACCCUACCCCACCACCUGGGGUCUCCAGAUACUGGGCAGCCAGCAUCCCAAUACUCUGAGGGAGCCAGACCUGUGCUGCUAGGGCUGGGGUCAGCUGCGGGCCCCAGCCAGGACUUGCUGGGUGCCCCAGCCUGCAGGCAGGCUUUGGGAGAGAACUUUAUUUUUGUUUGGAUGGACCCUCUGGCCCUUCAGUCUCAAUAAAGGGACCAGAGUCCAGCCCUG